AUGGUUACUCGCUGCGGAACUCAAACCCAAAGGACUGGUUUCAAGUCGGACGCGUUUAACGGUUGCACGCUGUUAGUUAGAAAUGUUACUGUGACCCAAGUGAGGGAGAAAAAGAGAUGGAUGAAAGCCUACACGUAUCUCAUGGCGAAGAAACUGAAGCUGGAAGGGCCACCGCCUCCAAAACCACGCUCCCAGAAACCUAACUGGGAUUACCAUGCUGAGAUCCAAGCUUUCCAGAACCAGUGUGAAAGGAGACAGGAAUUGGGCGUGGACUCUGAGUUGACUGCGCUUGCUCUGAAGGAUAAUCUUGAGCUUUGUGACAGAGGAGAAGAAAUCACAAGAACAUUUGUUGCUGACUGGUGCAGGGCCAGCUUCCCUAGCUUGCCCGACGACGGGGUGCAGAGUGUUGUUGAAUAUCUUGCUGGUAAAAGCACUAUCUCCUACGUUGCCAAAAACCUAGGGAUUGAAGAUCUCACCAUGAGUGCAGAUUUUCCUAUACCAGAGGAGGUCCUCUAUUCUACAUUCAUGGCAGUGAUAGGAGCCCUCCAGGAGAGCAGUGGGGCAGAACGGGCAGGCUUUUUCCUCAGGGAUUUCCUGGUUACACAAAUGAUUGGAAAGGACCUAUUCGAUGUAUGGACUGUUGUGAAUCCUAUGGGCCUUCUAGUAGAGGAGCUUAAAAAUAAGGAUAUUCCUUUACCAGAACCCCGUCUAAUAAGGUCUGCAGGAGCCAGCACUGUCCUUCCUCUCUACUUUGUUGGCUUGUACAGUGAAAAGAAACUUUUGGCUCAGGCUCCAGGAGAGUCUCUAGCUGCAGCAGAGGAGGAGGCUGCUCGGGUCGCACUAAGACAUAUGACGCCUCCUCUCUGGCUCGAACUCCUUGUUGGAGAAGACGCCGAGGCCGCCUCCCCUGAGCUCCCAGCCCCUCUCUCUGAAGCCGGGCGUUCCGAUCCACAGCUCCCCGGGUCCUCUGGCUAG